AUGGGGAGACAGGCGUUAUUGGUGGUUCUAUGCUGGCUGAAGUUCAGUGAAUCGUUAGGAGAGGCAGAGCAGACUACUCAAAGUUUAGUCAUUAAAGACAAUGUGAGUGAAGAAAGUGCUCCACGACUCUACGGCAAUGUGCCCGUUGGUGUGUACGCGAGCGCAGUGCCCUACCCAGCUGUCUCCUACCGCUUCCCCGCAUUUGCAUCCGGGCUUCUACCGGCCGCGUCGCGCGUUAUCCCGGUCAAGGAAGAAGUAGUUCUGCAUAACUCCAACGCUUACUUGAAGGACUCAUAUGGAAAUCGUUUUGUGGGUAGUCCCUAUUCGGCUUCAUACAGGGCCGCGAUCCCUCAACAGUUCGUCCAAUUACAAGAAUUACCCGCGCAUUUAACGAAACCAUUAACUGUUGCGGCUCCUAACUACCAAUUCAAACCAUUCGGAACACAGUUUACGUUGGGAACUCCGUUCAGAAUACCGACAGUGCAAGCAGCUUCUCCGACUCCUCUAAGUCGUUUCUCCGGUUCGUCACAUCCUGUGGUGUAUGCUCAAAAUAUAAGAAGCUUGGCGCCUCCAGCUCCGCAAUCUCAACCCCAACAGCAACAGUUGCAGUCGCCGCAGCAGCAGUCAAGUAGUAAUCAAGCCGUGUACGCGGAUACACAUUCGGCACAAAAGUACGGUAAUUACCAAAGUGAACCUAAAUUUCAACGUUUAGAAGAGAAGCCUUUCACUACAUAUGGAAACGUUCCAGUAGCCAACACGAAAAAUGUGAAACAGGAGAUUAUUCAUGAACAAUCUCAAAUAAAAGCGAGUCCUGAUACGCAAACAUACACAACAAUCGUUAACGGCAAAAAAACUGUUGUACAGAUAGACACAAAUCCACCCAUUCCUCUAUUAGACCUAACAUUGUUGGAACCUUUGACAUUCGACAAUCCUUCACCUGUUGUUCCUCAGAUUGCACAAUAUUUACCUAAAAUAAAUCAAGCAACAUACAAGAAAUUACCCGAAUUUCACAAACAAAAGAAAAAUAAUAGUGGGCAUAAAAUACAAGGUGACGUAGAAGUAAUUAAAGGACGACCAAAGGCUAAACCAAAAAAGAAAUCGAAGAAACCAAAUGUACACGAAAUUGACAAUACUCACACAAAGGUACCUGUAGAAGCAACUUAUGAAGGUAAUCCAAAUGAGGGUCCAGAACUUUCGUACGAAAUAAAUAAGCCUAACUAUAGGGAAACUUAUAAGGAAAAAACUGUGAAAUACAAUAAAGAGACAAAGAAGGAUCCUGUAAGCUACAGUUACGAUCAUAAAGAAGAGAAAGACCCUGUGAGUUAUAGUUACGGCAACAUUGUGCAAAAAGAGCCUGUGGUUUACAGUAUCAUCCACAACUCAAAAAAUCCCGGUGAUUUCAAACAGGUGCAGCAUCAAAUUAAUGAACAGCCUAAACAACUGAUAUAUAACUUUAAACCGGAGGAACAAAAAGAAAGCGAAGAAAGUAGCGAUGGUCCUCCACAAUCACCUCCUCAAAGAGAAUCAGAUGAAUCAAGUUCAGCUGAGGUAUCAGACGAUGACCGACCGCCACAUUCACCUUCUCAGUAUCAUGAAAAUAAUAGGGAAUCCUCGAGGGAACAAAAUCAUCAUGAAUAUCAUGAACAGCCAAGGCCUGUACAUCAUGAGGUGCAAUAUUAUCAAAGGCCACUAGAGGUCGAACAUAGACAACGGCCGCAAGAAGAAUAUCAUAGCGAGAGGCAUGCUCAAAAACCUCAUUAUGAUCAAAGACCUCAUCAUGUGCAGCAGUCUUCACAUGAACAUGAAAGACCAUCUCAUCGCAAUCAACAACCAAUAAAAGUACCAGUUAUUUAUCAAGAAGAAUUACGGCCUAUAACACAUGAAUAUGAAGAAGAUAUCAAAUUACUGCCAAAUCCUAAUUCAGCCGCCAUAAAAGUUGAUCCUAAUCAACAUAUCCAGCGAGAAGGGCAAAAUCCACAUCCUUCAGCUCACCCUUAUACAUCUAACGACAGCAAUGAAGAUUUUGUUAGCCAGCAGCCACGUCAAAAUCAUCAGACGCAUCAGGAAUCAUAUGGACCUCAACAGGGCCCUAUAGUUCGCGAAAAAUCUAAGCACAUUAUUAUUCAAGAAGAAUCGCCCAAUGAAAUGCAUUCUCAUAGAGAAAAAAUGGUAGCUGAAAUGCUGGAACGUGAAGAAAACAACGAGGAAGAUUUCGAGAAAGCCUACAAAAAUGCGGCAUUUGGUUUUCCAGCUUUUCACAAGAAACCUGAAGAUAUAGAAAAAGAUAUCUAUAGUCCUGAUAGUUAUGGUGAAUCGCACAAUGAGGGUUUUAGUUUUGACCAUCGUCCCUUUGAACAGUACCAAGCGCAAGGAGAUGAAUUUCCAAAAUCCGCGCGAUUGACUUAUAAAGACGCCAAUGAAAACAAUAAGGAGGAUUACUUUUUGGAUUACGCUGUAAACAAGCCGACUAGUUUGAGAGAUCGCCACAAGAAAAAACAGGAAUAUUUUAAAUUAUACGACAGUUAUAAACCGGAGAAAUACUUCGGUGGAGAAAAUAAACAAAAGGAAAAAGAAAAGUAUAUUGUUUCUCCUUCCUAUGUGUAUGUGACUGACCCAGAACCAAAAAAGACUUCAUUUUUCGCAAGAUAUAAGGCUGCUCCUCCAAAAUUUACUUAUACAUUUAAAAAGCAAAAUCCCCGUGACAGUUCGGCGUUUUCCUCUCGCCCCUACCAAAGUUACACGAGGAAAACAAACUUCGUAGAACCACAAUUCCAAUACGGCUUUGAACCUAUAGCAUUACCGCGUCUCCUCGAUAGUGAGCUAUCGGCGAUGGCGAGUAACGAUAGUCCUGAAAGUGAGAAGCCAGCGUUGAGGAAAAAAGUCUACAAAGAAAACUGGUAUAUUAAGAAAACUAGAACGGCAGGCGGUGAUGCUAGUUGA